AUGUCAAACACGGUCAUAACUAACUACACGGAUCUUAAUGGACCCUCCACUAAAGCUGAUAGUUCUGUUGUUGUUAUUGUAAACAAGGAUGGAUCUCUCUCUGUUGAUCAGAAAUUACUUGGUACAUUAAUGGGUACGGAUGGAUCUCAAAGCACUGGUAUUAGUGUUGUUCGGGUUGGUCAUGAAGGUAAACCUGAUGAUGCAACUGACUCUGACUCUGAUGACGAAAAAGUACCUCAUGUGACUCUCUCUGUUGAUAGUUAUUAUGACGAACCAAACAGUAUCAUAAAGUAUGAUAGUGGUGCUGAAAUGUUACAGUCAUUGAGGAUAGAAACAAGAGAAAACAGUUUAGUAGGAUUCCAAAAUGAUCACUGUUAUACACCACUCAGAUCUCCAAGUCAAUCUACACCUCAACAUAGUGACAACUUAUCAAGUUAUGAUGAAUCAGUUAUUCAGAUCUCACAUACACCACCACCUAAACCUGUUCCCAAUUCAAAGAAAAUUACUAUUUUGGAACAAAAAAUUAUACCCAAAGGUAAAAAGAUAGUUAUAAAUCCAACUGAAACUCCAAUAAUAUUAAAAGGAAAUGAUGUGCUACAUAAGCCACUGCCUAUUAUAAACAAAUCUAAGGAUAUCAGGGAAUUGGAAAAACCUACUGAAGCUUUACAAAAGGUUGAUGACAGUACAGAAUCCUCUUCUGUAAGCUCAUCUGGUGAUAGCAUCCCUGACAGAGACUCUGAUUCUGACUACAAAGACACAAAAGAUAGGACAGGUUCUCUAAGACUAAAGAAGAACAAACUAAAACCACGCAUAUUAAAAACGGUUGCUAUACCUAAAGUCUCAAAGGUUGAGCCUAAAUUGAUUACCAAACUGAAGUCUAAUAGAAAUGUUCUUAAGAAAGAUAUUAAAGAAAAAUUACUGCACAAAAGUAUUACAGAAAAGAAAGACUCCUCAGAUGUAGAUUUGGAGAGCUUGUUACCAUCAUCAAAAAUAUCAACUACUGUCCCAUCUAGUAAUGAUUCAAAUAAAGUUGUUGUAAAACAAAUUCCCAAAGCAAUUAAAAAAGAAAAAAGACACCUGCUCAUGUUACUGCUCUUUUGUCUGAUAUGACUUCUUUAUUCUCUACACCAGAUGUUAUUAGAAGAGUAUCCACUGAUGGAAAAAUUCCCCCCAAAACUCCUACAAAUGAAAAAGAAUCUUUAUUAUCAGGUUCCGAUAAAAAGGCAGCCACUGCUAAAGUUAUAGAACCAAAUGAAAGUAAACUUGCAGAUAACAGCAAAGUUGGUAACACAGAAAAUCUCAAGCCAAUAGUGCACAAAACUUACCUGAAGCAAAAAGAUAAAAGCAGUCCACCUGAAAAAGCUAAACCUUAUGAUCCAAUUCCUCAGCUAGAUGAUGCAAGCUUGGCACAAAUACUUCAAGAUACUACAGGGAUCUCAAAUCCAGUUAAAAGUCAACCAACUAUAUCUACUAGUGGGACUAUGAAUAGUCCAAGUUUAGCAGGUCCUUUAUCACCUACAUUAGACUUGUUGGGUGGAUUACAGCCUGAAGAGGAAGGUUUAACGGAAGACUUCUUAAUGUCAGUUGCGCAGCUGGUAGCUAGCUCAGAGAACUUGCAAGAAGUAAUUGAUAAACAAGUAUUAGGGAAAGUAGAUACAGGCCCUGUUAAGACACAGUCAACAAUUCAAUCUCCUCAAACUCCACAACAACAACAAACACAGACAAAUAAUUUGUACAAUCAGACUCUUUCAAAAUCUGUUACAAAGAAUAUACCUCCACGAAAGGAUCCAAUAGAAAUUGUUCGACGAGAUGGUCGAGUUAUUACAUUACCACCUAUUGAGGCGCCGGCAACGCGUUCCUCUAAGCGAAAAAGUCAAAUGGAGCUGACAAGUAAUCCUGAGCCAACACCAGUUGCAGUAACUCCAACUCCAGAUCUCCCUGUGUCAACAACCCCUGAACCACAAGUACAAGCUGUAUCAAGACAGUAUAUUAACAAAAAGUUAUCUACUAAAAAGCAGGAACAGCCAAUACCUAAUCCUGUAUUAGAAAAGGUCUCAGCAGAAUCGCAAGAAAGCUGGAAUUCUGAAGACGACCCUAAUAGACUUUGGUGCAUUUGCAAGCAGCCACAUAACAACCGUUUUAUGAUAUGUUGUGAUGGUUGUGAAGACUGGUUUCAUGGCAAGUGUGUUAAUAUUACUAAAGCAAUGGGGCAACAGAUGGAAGAACAGGGCAUUGAAUGGAGGUGUCCUAACUGUAUCAAGAAAGCAAAAUCACAAUCUAAAGGCACAAAACAGGUUCAAGGAAUACAAAACAAACCAGAAAGUGAGCAAAGAAUUCCAUCUCCUGAAAUUAAAUCACCAGUCCAAUCAACAUCCACUAAAGAUUCAACAAAGACAAAUUGCAUUGUGUGUAAGAAACCAGCUCGUGCUAGCAGUAUUUAUUGCAGUAACUCAUGUAUAUGGAAACACGCUCAAGAUUCACUUGGAAAUCAAGGAACCUCCACUAAAGGCGAUGGAGAACCUGGUAAAUCUAAUGAAAAGCAAAAGUCAGAAUCACGAGUCAUAGUUUAUGAACGCAAAUCUGGUAGGUUGCUGGCGGGUACUAAUGCUCCAACUGCAGAGAAUUUGAAAUCAUGGUUGCAGCAAAAUCCAACAUUUGAAGUAGUACGUCCAGGAACUCUAAGUACAAUUAAACCAGGACUGGGAAAAAAGAAAACCACUGAAACAAAUAAGGUUCAGACUACUCUCAACUUUGAGAGAAUACCUAGAAGUCAGCUGAACAAGUGACACCUGUGAGGACACCUACCACUGAGUCUAAAGAAAGAUCUAUUAAACUUAUAUCAGCCCCAAAAGAAGAACCAAGAGCUACUCCACAGCUUAAAUCUCCGGUUACUCCAAAAUCUCAACAGCUUCAACUAAGUGAUACACCAAAAGCUAGUACCUCAACAGCUAAACCUGGAGUAACGUCUAGGAAAUUGAUACGAACUCCUAGCACACACGCACAAUCCUCGCAAGACAAGGCUCCUUCAGUUUCGCCAUCAACGUCACGUCGGAAAGAUACUCACAGCAGAAUUAGAAUGUCAAGUGGUGAACCAAUUAGAGAUAACGUGCGGAAAGCUUUGCAUGAACAGUUGAGCAUUCGCAUGGCAGAAAAUACUGGGCCGAAGUUUACAGAUGCGGAAAUACAACAGUUUGCUAACGACACUGAAACAGAGUUGCACGAACUGUUUAAGGACGUGGGGAUGAAAUACAAGGCUAAAUACAGAUCGCUUAUGUUCAACAUAAAAGAUCGAAAGAAUUUGACUCUAUGGCAAAAAAUUUGUGACCGAUCUAUUACCCCUAAACAACUCGUCCGCCUGUCUCCUGAAGAAUUAGCAAGUCAAGAAUUGGCACAGUGGAGAGAUAAAGAGGCUAAGCAUCAGUUAGAAUUAAUCAAGAAAACAGAACUAGAUCUUUUAGCUGCCAGCAAAACCUAUGUUCUUAAAACACAUAAAGGAGAAGAGGUAAUGGAAACAAAAGAAUCUGUAUCAACAGAAUUAGAUCGGAAUGUUCCGGUUGAAGAUGUGGUCACAGCAUUAAAUGUCUCAACAGUUGGUCCGGAUGUUCUAACAAAAGAAAGAACACCAGAAAAUACCAAUAAAGGAGAUGAAGAUAAGAAACACAGCAGUAAAAAAAGAAAUCGAGAAGACAGCAGUUCCAGCCGUUCAAAAAAGAGUAGGCGUGAAUCUAAACGGGAUUCUGAAAGAAAAUCUAGAUCUUCUAGAAGAAGAUCAGCGUCAAAUGAUAAAGAUGAUAAACAGGAACAGAGACGAUCAAUGCGCAGGUCAGAGAAGAAGACAGGUAGAACUAGAUCGGUUUCAAAAGAUAGAGCAAAGGAACCUAAAGAUAAAUCUGAUAGUAAUGAACGAUCACGGCGUAGAUCGUCGUCCAGGGAUAAAUCCAGAAGGCGAUCUAAAUCACGAGAACGGUCUAGAUCUCGGGCACACUCCAGACGACGUUCGCCAUCCCGCGAAAGCCCUAGGAAUACGACACGUUCCAAACGUACUGUUAGCAGUGAUGACAAGCAGAAACAUCGUUCUAGACCUCAAGAAAAUGUUUAUAGUAAGAAUAAAAAUGAUUCCACAGAUUCUGACUCAAUAGAGAGGCCAAAAUCAGCCAUGUUGAAGGAGACUCAUCCUGAAUACGAUCCUCACGAACCGAUGAUAACAUCAGCGUUUUCCGAAGAAGACUUACGCAAAUCUAGGGAAGAUGUUUUCGAGGAAAACUAUAGGAACGACAUGAGCAGUUAUGAAGCAGAGUAUGAUCCUUCAAAAUCACUGAUUGAUACGAACGUAUUAAUGUCUACAAGAUACUCAACAAAACAAGAUAAAACAUCGGAAGCUGAAAGCGAUCAAGAGCCUAGCAGUACAGUUGACAAUUCAGCGGCAACAGUGUGGAGUGGAUGUAUCAACAUGGUGGAUGUAGCUAGAUUCUAUGUUGCAGCACAUGAGGUGUCUGGUAGUUCGGUGGACUUAGAAGAAGAUCUUAGUACUGAACUGGAUAUUGUUGGAAGAAUAAAUCCUGACACAGUGUGGGACUAUAUUGCAAAAAUGAAAAAAACAAGCACUAAAGACAUUGUUAUUCUCAAACUACAAACUGCAAAUGACGAAGAAAAAAUGCAAUACAUUGCGUUAUAUAGUUACCUAAGUAGUCGCAAUAGGUUAGGAGUAGUAAAGGCGUCGAAUAUGUUGACCGUGAAAGAUUUCUAUAUAGUACCUCUUCCUGCGAACACUUCAUUACCUUCGGUUCUCCUGCCUUUAGACGGUCCAGGAAUUGGAGACAUUAAGACGCAUCUCUUGAUUGCAAUAGUUAUUCGACAAAGAAAGAAGCGUUUGGCGACCACCAUAUCGACUGACGUUGUGCCCGCUAAGGUGGCACGAGAAUCUCGCAAGCGCUCUUACACGCCGCCGGCAUCGCCACGAAGGCGACCACAGCUUCCAUUGCCGGCUUAUUCGUCGUCAAACCUGUCUACUACUGUAAAGGAUAAAAUUGCUGCUUCAUUAGUUUCUGCGGACGACGAUGAACCGUAUAGUCCCGGUUCUACAAGUAGCAGUGGCAGUGGUCAAGCAUUAUCGGGACCAAGUCUAGCUUCCAAUACACUCAGAAGUAAAAUGGAAGAACUGAACAGGCAAAUCGAAGAACAGAAACAACAAAUUCGGAAGAUGGCCCAAGCAGACUCAUCGAUUGGCGAGGACGAAGCUUACUCUCCAUCGAGGCCCAUGACUCCACCUGCAGUUCAAAAUGUUCCUUUGGCUGACAUCGCCUUACCAUCUAACUUGCAGGAAAUUUUAGCGACAAUCAAGCAAAGGUCUGAGUCAUCUGCUGGAGAUGUUGACAUGCGUGGAUUGCCCUUACCAUAG